AUGGGUUUACGCCGGUCCACUGAAGCCACCUGGGUGCCCAAAGAGGCGGAGCUUCCAGAACCGUCAUGGCGGGAACUGAUCACGCGCCGGCAACCUCCCCGGGGGCCUUUGUGCGCAGGCGCGGGGGUGGUGUCGCGAGCAGGGGGCGGAGCUUCAGGAGGGCCGCGCGCUCUCUCGGCGGCGGGCAGAGAGGGCGGGCUGUCGGGCCUGCGCUCGGAGGGUGGGGUGGAAGGCGGGGCAGCGGCAGACAUGCAGGCAACCGACGCGAGAGUGGGCGACGCGGCGGGCGGCGCCGAGGGCCAGGGUGGCCAGAGUGGCUGCUGCAGUCCCGGCAGUUCUGGCGCCGUGGCAGUUACACCCGGUGGAGCUCACCGUAUUACACGUGGAGACGCCGCGCCCUUGGCCAGAAGGUCUGGAACCCGACCACAUAUUUUCGACCUCAGCGUGCCCUUCCCGACCCCUUUGGAGGCCGAGAUCGCCUGUGGGGCCCUGGCUCCAGAUGCCGAACCGCACCGAGCAGUGCUUGGGAAGGAGCUUACAGUGAGCGGGAGCAUCCUGGCGGUGCACUGGACAGCUGAAGACUCUCGCCUCCUCCGAACUUCCAUCAUCAACUUUCUUGAACAGCUUUCCCUGGUGGUGCGGACUAUGCAGCGCUUUGGGCCCCCCGUCUCCCGCUAAACCUGCUGGGUAAAGGGGCCCCUGACUAACCUCACGUCCCCGCCUAAGCAGUUCAUCCUUUCCAAGGGCAAAGAGUUCAGAAGCAGUAGCUACUUAAGCGUGGGGACCUAAUGGUUUCCCUUCACCAGCUCUUCAGUACUUAGGGUCCACUUGUUUUGUUUGGUGCUUAAAUUUUUGUUAUUACAGAAAAUAAAACUG